AUGGACGUCCAAAUAAUCAAUGUUAUUCGUGAACCAUGUGCUUUGUGUACUACCAAAAUCAAAUCCUGCUCUCAAAAUUGCGAAUUUGCACCUUAUUUCCCUGCAGAAAAAAAACUUGAGUAUAAAAAUGCACAUGAAUUAUUUGGUAUCCCAAAUAUUAUGAAGAUGAUGCGAUUCGCGCCCACAACAGAAGAAAAAUGCAUGUUGGCAUCAUCUAUACUCAUGGAAGGUAAGGCUUGGAAAGAUGAUCACGCGAAAGGUGGAUUUGAAAAGAUCCGAAAAUUAAAGUGGGAAAUUUUACUACGUAAACUCUACCUCAAUGAACUAAAGGAGAAGAUUAAAGUUGUAGAAGAAGAAAUCAAACUCCGACGUUAUACUAGCGCCAUACUAGCGAAUCCUGCGAUCGGAGGAUUCGUGUCGCACUGUGGAUGGAACUCGACACUAGAGAGUCUUUGGUUCUGUGUUCCGAUCGCGACGUGGCCGUUUUACGCCGAGCAACAGUUUAACGCGUUCGAGAUGCUUGAAGAGCUAGGGCUUGCGGUGGAGAUCCGAAAUAGUUUCCGGUCAGAGACAGAGUUAAUGACGGCUGAGGAGAUAGAGAGAGGGAUCAGGUGUUUGAUGGAGCAUAAUAGUGACGUGAGGCAUAAAGUGAAGGAGAUGAGUGCGAAGAGUCAUGUAGCAUUAAUGGACGGUGGAUCUUCACACACUGCUCUUAUAAAAUUCAGACAAGACGUUACUAAGAAUAUUCACAAAUCUUAA